AUGUUCCCCGCCCGCAAUUUCCGCGAGCAGGACACCGUGAUAUCCAUCCCCUCCCGCUUUGAGCCGAGCGACCGCUCGCGCGCGUUCGGCGGGCGGCCCACACUCGCCUUCUUCGGCGGCUCGCCGAACUCCUGCGCGCGCAGGAGGGUCCUGGAGCUCUACUCGCGGGCCGCCGGCUUCGACGUCUCGUCCAAUGGGCGGAGCCUCGCGGCAAGGGAAGGGGAAUGGGGCGAGGGGGGUUGGCUCGGUGGGUCGACUCCCGGGGCCCCGCCGGCGCUGUUCCUGCCCACGGCCGCCAUCCCCCGCCUGGGGCACAUCUUGCGCCACGAGGUGGACGAGGCAGCCAGGUGGCGCCUGUUUCAGAACCUCGCGCUGGGCAGCAGCGAGGCCGACGGUGCCCGGGCGAGGCAGCUCGUGGCGCAGGCCGAGCGCAGGCUGGACCUCGACACGCUGUGGGGCGGGCUGUCCGCAGCCAGCGUCUUCAACUGGGCGAGGUCGGACUUCUGGAUCCUGUUCCUCGCCGACGUGGCCGAGAAGCUGGGCGGGCGCGUCGACCGCGCGGGUCCACGCGAGCUGCGCGGCCCCGCCGCCCCAGGGGGGGGGGCUGCCGCCGGGGCCGAGGGCGGGUUCCGAUGGCACCGGGAGGCGUGGUGGGCGGCGGAGCGCCGCGGCGAGGACUGGCGCCGCGCGAGAGGCGGUGGGUCGGCGCUCGAGGUGGGCGACCCUCUGGGGAGGCAGCGGGAGCCCUCCCGGCUUCCGAGAGGCCCUCUCUCAGAAGGCUCAGUCUCUCGAUGGGCCUGCUUCCCACCGCCAUCAUCAUAA